CUAAAACCCCUGAAGUCUUAAAGAGGUCCGAAUCGAAUCUACUCAAAGAGUCUGUGUCUCUGUGAGAGGAGAAGAGAGAUGCAAGUACUUGCGAGGAAUCUAGUUCAGAGAGUCUCGAGAAGCCAGGUCAUUAGUCGUUAUGCAUAUUCAACUCAACGUGUCAGAGACAUUGGUCAGCCAACUCCAUCAUCUCAUUCUCAUUUAAUGGCUGAAGGAGAGGUUACACCAGGAAUUAGAAUAGAGGAAUACAUUGGUCGAAGGAAGAAACUUGCGGAGCUUCUUCCUCAGAACAGCUUAGCCAUCAUUUCCUCAGCCCCUGUGAAGAUGAUGACAGACGUUGUUCCAUAUACGUUUAGACAAGAGGCUGAUUAUUUGUAUCUAACUGGCUGCCAGCAACCAGGUGGUGUAGCUGUUUUAAGUGAUGAACAUGGUUUAUGCAUGUUCAUGCCAGAAUCAACUCCUAAUGACAUUGCUUGGCAAGGAGAAGUAGCUGGAGUCGAUGCAGCUUCUGAGGUUUUCAAGGCAGAACAAGCAUAUCCUAUAAGCAAAUUACCAGAGAUUCUUUCAGACAUGAUAAGAAAAUCUUCAAAAGUGUUUCAUAAUGAUCAAACGGCCUCUCAGAGAUACACAAACUUGGAUGAGUUUAAAACAUCUGCAUCUCUUGGCAAAGUGAAGUCUCUUUCAAGUUUUACCCAUGAGCUGAGGUUAAUUAAAUCACCUGCUGAGCUCAAAUUGAUGAGAGAGUCUGCAUCUAUUGCCUGCCAGGGGCUUCUGAAAACAAUGCUACAUUCAAAAGGGUAUCCUGAUGAAGGCAUCUUGUCAGCCAAAGUUGAGUAUGAGUGUCGGAUAAGAGGUGCUCAGCGAAUGGCAUUCAAUCCUGUAGUUGGUGGCGGUUCUAAUGCCAGUGUUAUCCACUAUUCACGAAAUGAUCAGCGAAUAAAGGAUGGUGAUCUUGUCUUGUUGGACAUGGGUUGUGAGUUCCAUGGUUAUGUUAGUGAUCUUACUCGGACAUGGCCCCCUUGCGGAAAAUUCAAUUCUCUUCAGGAAGAGAUAUAUGAUCUUAUACUUGAGACAAACAAAGAGUCAAUAAAGCUAUGCAAGCCUGGUACAACCAUCCGUGAACUAAACACAUAUUCGACGGAUAUGUUGUGCAAUGGACUGAUGAAGAUGGGCAUCUUGAAGAAUCGUAGACUGUAUCACCAGCUGAAUCCAACGUCCAUAGGUCACUACCUAGGGAUGGAUGUGCAUGAUUCUUCUUCUGUAGGAUAUGACCGCCCUUUGCAACCCGGUUGUGUGAUCACGAUUGAGCCAGGAGUCUACAUUCCAUCUUCAUUCAACUGCCCUGAAAGAUUCCAAGGGAUUGGGAUAAGGAUUGAGGAUGAAGUUCUGAUCACUGAGACAGGCUACGAGGUGCUAACAGGGUCAAUGCCUAAGGAGAUCAAACAUAUAGAGACAUUAUUGAAUAAUCACUGCCAUGAACUCGCCAGUUUCUCUUCUUAAGUUUAAAGGUUACAGUGGAGCUGUUGCUCGAAACAAUAUAUUUGUGAUGUUAUAUGCAUACUGAUUAAAUUUGAAAUAAUAACAAGGAAGAUUUGAUUGGAC